AUGACAUUAUCUGUCCUGCGCGGUCCCCUUAUGCAGCGGGCCUCAUCAACGACGAAUCACUACCAGGCUCAACAAGGAGCCGUGGACUUUCACAUCGCCAGAGAGCUUCCCGACAACUAUGCGUGCAUAAUGACUGGCCGCACUCAUUCCACUUCGCUACUCACCAAGAAUUUCAGCGACGUCGCCCAAAACUACAGUCGUCGAUCUGACAUGGCUGUUUUCGAUACUUCCUGCACCAACUGCACCACUGCAGUGCAAGGUUUUGGCUUCGACGUCAAUUGCACCGACUCGACAAGGGACUUCAAUCUCACAAUUGGAACGGAUACGGCAAGCAUGCUGAGAGCUAUGAACGGAACAUAUUUCUUCCAAGUGAAUGUUACAGAGUAUAGUGACUGGGGCGUCAAUGACCUGGCCAAUGGUUCAUUCCUGCGAUACACGACGCUCUACAAGGACACGGAUAAGUGCAAUGGAAAGAUCAAAGUCCAGACUUGCGACCUUCACGGCGGAAUUGCCAAGUUCCCAGUACGAAUGGAUGGGAAGACAGUCGAGCUUCAGGGAACGUGGAAGGACGACAAGUUUAUUGAAAGGAAAUACAUGUUGCCCGCAGAUUUGGUCAUGCCCGGGUCAGGAAAUAUUCUGGGAGGCUUCAGCAUGAUUGCAAAAUCGCUCUACGAGUCUCAAGCUUUCAUGCGCUUCACAGGCGCUACUGGCUACGACGUCAGCUCGACCGGUUUACCGGCAACCCAAUAUCUCACCAUGAAUGGCACAACCCCGGGAUGUGCAGAUCGAUGGGACAACCCGAUGGAAGACAUCAUCGAACUCACCCGCGACAUUGGCUUCCGAGCAAGUCUCCAGUACGCAAAGUACAACACGACAGACAAGCAGAAAGUCAAGUACGACAGCGGCACGACAACGCUGGUAUACGUGACGAAUUACGAAAAGAUGUGGAUAGCAAUUGCAGUCUCACUGGUUGGCAUUUUUGCCGUCCUGCCUACUUUCUGGGGCUGGUGGGAGCUCGGUCGAGAUGUCAGUCUUAACCCGCUCGAGAUUGCGAAUGCGUUUGGAACUGUUGGGCAGGAAUCGCAUAUUAUGAGAAACGUGGAUCCGAAUCAGAACGUUGGAGGUAUUGUGAACGCGGUUAAUGAUAUCGGGCCUGUGAGAUACGGUGCAUGGGAGAUGAGCGAUGGUGUUGUCAGACUUGGGUUUGCGGGGGCUGGCUUAGUGAGGAACCCGUCCAAGGGGGAGAGAUUUAAUUAUUAG